AUGAUUGGGAAUAUAAUUAUAAUUACAAUAUUUAUAAGCUUCGUUCUUCGAAGUGUAACUAGUGACAAAGCAUGGGACAGAGUAGAUAUUGAAAGAGCUCCAAGACACCACUAUAAAUAUAAUCAGCCAGUAGAUGAGAUUUACGCCGCUAUACCAGUAGCAGUAGUAUACGAAGACAAAGACAUACAUGAGGAAAAAUCUUCAAAAAACGAGCCUACAAGAACAGGUAAAACCAAAAGUAUUGUAAUAGAUCCAAAUCUGAAGAAUAUUUACAAUAUUUCUGUUCCAUUCUCGAGAAAUGUUAAAGAUGAAGUGGUAGAUAUUACAAGCAAACUUAAAAGUAAUAUAGACGCAAAGAACACAAAAAUAAUGAAUAAUGACACGAAGAUAGAAAUUACUACAAUGGAGGACACUGAUGAUAUUUUCAUUAAUAUAUCUGCAAAUACUUACAAGGAUCAUAAAGAUACAAAUGCAGGCGAAGUCGCAAGUAAAUCUGCAAGUGAUAAUUUCUCGGAAGGUCAUGAAAACAUGAAGAACACAAACAAUAAAACAGAUACUACGAAUGAAAAGCUUGCAGACCAUACACGCUUAAGUCCUAAGAUCGACAAAAACAUAAAAUUAUUGUCUCAGUACUCUACAAAGGAAAUUCAUAUUCCAGUAGUAAUUGUUUACGACACAGAUAAGGACCCGGUCAAGAACAAUAAUGAUCAAAUUUUUGCUACAAGUCCUAAGACACAAGUACCAAAAACCUUUACGCAAAGAACAGAAACAGAUAAAGAAAAAGAAAGUCAACAACAAAAAGGAUUCAUAUUGAGAGCCUCGAGUUUCAAUGAAGAUAAAGUUGACACUACAAUUUCUCACAAACCUAAGCCUCAAGAAAAUAAUGAAGAAGUACUGCAAAGUAAGAAGCAAACCUCUUUUCUAUCAAAAAUGGAAAAAGUAUCUGUCACUCCCCAAAAGCAGAAUAUGACUAUCGUUCCACAAAACGAGCAAAAGACAGAAAGUUCUCAAAAAGAAUUGAAAUCAAGAACAACCGGAGAAACGGUUGAAACGACGAAUAAGAACAGUACCAAAGGUGGGAAAAAAAGACGAGAACGUGACCCUGUUGUUCCUAUCAUCAACUCAAAGAACGAAAUCUAUUCACAAACUGGUGAAUUUAGUUACAGUUACGAAGGAGGAGACGGCACGAAAGCUUUCAGUAAAGGAGAAUUAAAAACAUUUGACGACGAUAAGACUGGUGAAGCUGUUGUCGGGAGUUUCUCAUAUAAAGAUAAAGAAGGCAAUGACUUCAGUUUAUCGUACACGGCGGACGAGAAUGGUUACCGGCCGGUAGGAGAGCAUCUUCCCACGUCACCUCCCAUUCCGCCGGCUAUUGCACGUGCGCUUCGCUACCUUGCCACUAAGACCACUCCACAGCCCGUUACAGAGGCACAAACAUCUUGACCAAAUUUAUCAUAUGCAUCAUGACGAAGCAACUACUAAAUAAAACAGCAAUUUCUUUUCAAAUGACUUCAGGGGUAUUAAUAUUAUGACUAGAAAUCACUUUUAAAUCUUGUGGGCAAUAAUGUGGAAAAGAUAUUUUGACAAAUAUAUGUGGAAAUUCAUUAAUGGCAUUUUAAUACUCAUCUUUAUUGUGUUAAUAUAUUUCAAAUUAGUAAUAAGACCGUAAAAGUCUCAAAUUUAUUAAAAAAAACACUGAAAUAAGAUAUAGGUACUUUUGUUAGGUUACAAAUUUUGUCUGAUAUUUGUGUUUUACAUUUUUUGAACCAAUGACUUGGCUGUAUGGUUUUAUGCCUUUAUCUUUUCAUCAGCAAAGAGAUAUUAAAAAAACAAUAUCCAAUAUUUCUGUAGACAUCAAGCGUUUGAACAAUGUUGUCCGCCAAUAAUGAAAUAAUAAUAACAAUGAUGUCAAAGCUACUUGCAUGUAAGCUUAUUUUUAGAUUAAAGCUUGCUUAUACAUACGAUUUAAAACAUGAUUAUUAGCGAAAUCGUAUGUUGUAUCCGAUGAGUCACCAUUAUAUUUCUGUACCUCCAUUGUAAAAUGGUUAAACUCGAAUUUAUCGAAAAUGUGGAUUUUGAUACAAUUGCGUGUUUUUCGUUUUUUACACUUGUGGUUAUGCGAUCAUUGGCUGCGGAGAUAACGAUUGUGCAAAGGGAUUAAUGUUAGCAAAAAUUUGCAAGUAAUUUGUUCAAAAUGGUUUAUUUUUAAUUUAUCUCACAAGCAAUAGCGACAUUCGCAAAUCGUAUGUUUUAAUUAUGGUUAAUCUCUACUUUUACCUGUAUGAACAAAUUAAAUGUCGUACGAGU